CUCCUCGAAACCGUGAAUCACACCCGCACCUCCACCGCUGCUUCUUCCCAUCCCCGCCCCCCCCCCCCCGGCCUCAUCUCCGGCGUCGCAGGCGGCGGAGGGCGAUGAGGGGCGCCGACCUCAUCAACCUCACCCUGCCGGACGAGAUCCUCGACGACGUGCUCCGCCGCGUAGGCGCUGGCGCGGGCAAGCGCGACCUCGACGCCUGCGCGCUCGUCUGCCACCGCUGGCGCCGCCUCGAGCGCUCAUCCCGCCGCUCCGCGAAGCUCGCGGCGUCGGGGGAGCGCGCGGACGACGUGCUGCGGCUCGUCGCGGAGCGGUUCCCCGCGCUCGUCGACGUGUCGGUGGACGAGCGCCUCACCGUCGGGGCCGGCGGUGCUGGCAGCUCCGGCUCCGCAUCCAGAUCGCGCCGCACGGUGCAUAGUACUAGCCCAUUUCGGCGCCGCAGGAGAUUGCCCCUCAGGACAGAUCUCUCAGUUCAGAUAUCCCCAUUCCCAUUGGACCAGCCAGCCGUUGAUGAUGUGACAGAGCGCAGUUGUUUGACUGAUGUUGGCUUAACUCAUCUCGCGAUGGGUUGCAAAGGGCUUGAAAAACUAAGUCUGAUAUGGUGUUCUGCCAUAUCAUCAACAGGCUUGGUGAGGAUAGCAGAGAAUUGCAAGAAUUUGACUUCUUUGGAUCUCCAGGCUUGCUAUAUUGGAGAUCCAGGACUUAUUGCUAUUGGGGAAGGCUGCAAGCUACUUAGUAAUUUAAAUUUGCGCUUCGUUGAAGGCACCACGGAUGAAGGCUUGAUUGGACUAGUAAAGAACCGUGGGCAAUCACUGGUCAUUCUGUCUGUUGCAACUUGUGUUUGGAUGACAGAUGCAUCCUUACACGCUGUUGGAUCCCACUGCCCUAACCUGGAAAUCCUGUCACUGGAAUCAGAACGUAUUCAAAACAAGGGAGUAAUAUCUAUUGCCAAAGGAUGCCGAUUAUUAAAAACUUUGAAGCUGCAAUGUAUUGGUGCUGGUGAUGAGGCCCUAGAUGCUAUUGGUUCAUUUUGUUCGCUUUUAGAAAGCCUGUCUCUCAACAACUUUGAACGAUUUACGGACAGGAGCCUUUCUUCUAUUGCAAAGGGGUGCAAAAAUCUCACAGAUCUUAUUCUCAAUGAUUGCCAGUUACUAACUGACAGAAGCCUUGAAUUUGUAGCUCGUAGCUGCAAAAAAUUAGCACGGCUGAAGAUCAAUGGUUGUCGGAACAUGGAAACUGCUGCACUGGAGCACAUUGGGCAAUGGUGCCCGGCCCUUUUGGAGCUCUCUCUAAUUUACUGCCCAAGGAUCCAGAACAGUGCAUUUCUGGAGAUUGGUAGAGGCUGCUCCCUUCUCAAGUCUCUUUAUUUGGUCGACUGUUCAAGAAUAAGUGAUGAUGCCCUGUACCACAUAGCUCAAGGCUGCAAGAACUUAACAGAACUUUCUAUUCGGCGCGGUUACGAGAUAGGGGAUAAAGCAUUGAUAUCUGUUGCUGAGAACUGUAAAUCACUUAAAGAGUUAACCCUCCAAUUUUGUGAGAGGGUAUCUGAUGCAGGUCUGGCUGCAAUCGCUGAAAGCUGCUCGCUUCAAAAGUUAAACUUGUGCGGCUGCCAGCUAAUCACUGAUAGCGGGCUGACUGCGCUUGCAAGAGGAUGCCCUGAUCUAGUUUUCCUGGAUAUAAGUGCUCUCUGGAUCAUUGGGGACAUGGCUCUAGCUGAGAUAGGUGAAGGUUGUCCCAAGCUUAAAGAUAUCACGCUUUCCCACUGUCCGAAGGUCACCAACAUUGGUCUGGGCCACCUCGUUAGGGGGUGCCUGCAGCUUGAGUCAUGCCAGAUGGUAUACUGCAGGCAAAUCACCAGUGCCGGGGUAGCGACUGUCAUCUCGAGCUGCUCCAAGCUGAAGAAGCUCGUCGUUGAGGAGUGGAAGGUGAGCGAGAGGACACGGCGGAGAGCGGGACCGGUCUUAUCGUUCCUCUGCACUGGGCUCUAGUAUCAAAAGGGAAAUAAAUCUGUGUUUUAUCAACUCCUUUUUUACUCAGAAAGCUUCUGUUGUUUGUUGCUGCAUUGUAUACCAUAGCAUCAUUAGCUCAAAAGUGUUGUAUGACCUCUAACUCAAAAGAGUUGAACAGAAUAAAAUGUAUCAACUAUUGACGCCGAAGUGAUGAACCAAAUAAAAAAGCAGCUGAAUAAACUGGCAAAAGCCCCAUUGUACAUAUUGCACCUUGCUACUUUGCUAGUGAUGUAAAAGCAAAUAUUUUUCAUGUAGCCCUGUUGGCCACCCUGUCUGAAAUGAAACAUGAGCAUUUUUACAGUUUUACUC